AAUAUGCAGAACCCUGCUCAUUAUGUGUGAAGGCGUCAAGAUUCAUCAGCUAGACAUGCCAGGCCGGGUCGGAGGCCCCCGCCCGCCCGGCCCGGACUCCCACCGUCCGGCCUGGACAAAACUGCUCUGGAUUCGCUGUUGUGAAAAUGCGCGAGUGUAAAACGGCGCUGAUAAGUCGGGCGGCACCAAUCUAGGCUGGGUACACGCGGGCCGCGACACACGCAGCCCGACACGGUUUCUAGUCGCUCAGCAGUGUAAUGGUCAUGUUUCCUUGUCCAACAUUUGUAAUACAUCUUUGUGAUAAUUGGGACGAGUGUUUUCAUGUGAGAGCACAGCUAUAUGUCACAGCCGUAGUCGUCGACUAGUCUCUUAAUAGCCAACUUGCCCUGCACAGUAAUCAAGGUGAUAGACUAUAAGAUAAGGAUCUAAACUUAGAUACAUUCUCAGCACUGCGCCUGCAUAAAUCUACAAUGAAUGGUUGUGCUUGAUAAAGACUUGAGUUUAGAGAUAUGUCACAUCUUGCGUUUAGUUAUAGUUCGGCACUACCUACAUCUUCUCAGAUGUUGACUGGAGUGCCAGCCAGUUCUCCCAAUAUAUCCAACCCAUCCCUCUCCCCUGUGUGUUCUAGCGAGGAGGGGCGGGCUGUAUCCCCCCUCCCCGCCCACCGUGGAAUCCCCACCUCCCUUUCCGAUACCAUUUCCAGGAUUCCGGUGAGCCUAGCAGACUCACGCAUCCCACAUAAUCUAGAUCCAGGACAAUUCCUGCCUGAACACGCGAACCUUGGUCUCGCGUACCCUCGUCUUGGUUCCUCAAUGAUGGCCCUGGGGGCGGGCAUGCCCGGUCUUCCAUACUCUUCCAGUGAACAAAAUCCUUAUUCUUCCCUUUCCAUGGAAAAUUUUUACAACCCCUUGGCAAAUCCAUACAGUUUAAAGAAUAGCAGCGACGCAGCAGAAAUGGCUGCUUGGACCUCUAGUAGCCUUGCAGCCUCAGCCGCUGGCUAUUAUCCUUAUGACACAUCCUCGCUUGCAGCCUAUGGCUACGGUGGCGCCUACGGUUUAGCGGCGACAAGGAAGAACGUGACACGUGAGUCUACGGCGACCCUAAAGGCCUGGUUGAACGAGCACAAGAAGAACCCCUACCCUACCAAGGGGGAGAAGAUCAUGUUAGCUAUAAUAUCCAAGAUGACUCUGACACAGGUUAGCUGUUGGUUUGCUAAUGCACGAAGAAGGUUGAAGAAGGAGAAUAAGAUGACCUGGGAGCCUAAGAACGGAUUAAAUGAUGAAGAUGUUGAUGUCUCAGAUGAGGAGGAUCUACAGGAACAUUCAUUCAAGGAGGAGAAAUCACAUUCAGAUCUAGAAGACCAAAGAAGUAGUUGGGUAGUAGGACCUGGAGAUAUGAGAGAACUAACCCAACCUACCGUCAAGGACGGUGUCCCCCUCCCUCCCUCCAAACCCAGGAUCUGGUCGAUGGCGGAGCUCGCCGUCAGCAAAUCUUCUUAUAUUGGAUGCGGAUAAAAAUCCAAACCAAACCUAAACCUAAACCAAACCAAACCAAACUCCGGAGAAUAGAAAUGUUAAAAUUCUGAUUUGUUUCCCUGGUUCAACGUGUUUUCUCGAGGGAUGGUGGAAUCCUGUUCUUCCGUGUGAUCCUUACAAGCUAUUAAGGAGUAGGUGAGCCCUACCAAUGACCUGGAUAUAGGUUGAACCCUCCGUGUAAUCUAGUUCUGGGAUGAUCCCUAGCAAUACAAAAACUCUGGGGUCAACCCGUUUCAUACUGAACCCUACCCUUAGUCCUCACACAACUAGACCCUACCAACCUAGAAUCCGGGUGAUCCCUACUAGCAACUUGAAUUCUGGGUGAUCCUUUCUAGCAACCUGGAUUCUGAGUGAUCCCUACUAGCAACCUGAAUUCCGGGUGAUCCCUUCUAGCAACCUGAAAUCCGGGUGAUCCCUUCUAGCAACCUGGAUUCUGGGUGAUCCCUACUAGAAACCUGAAUUCCGGGUGAUCCCUUCUAGCAACCUGAAAUCCGGGUGAUCUCUUCUAGCAACCUGGAUUCUGGGUGAUCCCUACUAGAAACCUGAAUUCCGGGUGAUCCCUUCUAGCAACCUGGAUUCCGAGUGAUCCCAAUAACCGCCGAAUAGUCCAGUUAGCCCUACCUGACCCUCUCCACUCAUCCUUCUCUGCAAGGCUACAGUCCAAAAAACUGAAAUCGGCGACUAACAAAAAUCGAACAAUUUGCCGAAACUAGUGAAUUUUUGUUGAAAAUUUCAAGCCAUUGAGACACUGUAAUAUGGUGUGAAUGAUUUAGCCCCGGCAAGGGUUAUAUUAUCUUGUAGGUUAGGUUACAUUGGUAGAAAUAUUGUUUAUUAAUUGCCAAAUAUAGAUGUGAUACUUUGUAACCUUAUGUAUUAAUUUAUUUUAAGUCAUUUGUCAGAAUAAAAGUUUGAAGUAAGAA